GUGGGAAAUGGAGAUGAAGGCGUUUGCCAGAAACCAUCGUUGGCCAAUUCUUCAACUGAAUUCAGCCCGAAAAAAUCUCAGAGAGCAUAAUUUUCAAACAACGAUUACGAAAUCGAAAGCCAAAGGCUUAGGAAAUCGAAACACUUACUACUACUCGAAGCAUCUGGAGCUCAAAUCUUCUCCAAAUCGAAUGCUAAUCUGCUGUUCCUCUUAUUGGUAGUUUGUUGAAUUAUCUUAAUGGCUAGCAAGGAAGCAAGACAGCCACUGCUAUCAACGUCAUCUAAUACUUCUAGAACAAGGUUAAUAGAUAUUCCUAGAAGCAAAAGACGACUGAGGCGCUCUAAGAGUGCUCCUCAUGGUGAUUACGCUCUUCCAGAGACCACCAGCACGUGCACUGGCACAGCCACUGGUUCAGUUCCACGUUCAGGAUUUGUUUUUGGAAAUCUACACCCGAGUCUUAGAAGGGUAGCCAUAGUUUUAACAGUCUACUUGGGUAUAGGAACUUUAUGUUUUUACCUUGCCAGGAACCAAAUCAAAGGGGAAAAAACAAACGGAAUAGUUGAUGCCAUUUAUUUCACAAUUGUGACAAUGACAACCGUUGGAUACGGAGAUCUUGUCCCGAACAGUCCCGGUGCAAAGCUACUGGCUUGUUCUUUUGUUUUCACAGGAAUGGCUCUUAUUGGUCUAAUACUAAGCAAUGCAGCUGACUAUUUGGUAGAGAAGCAGGAAAUCAUGCUAUUUAAUGCCUUGCAUACGUACCAAAAUCCUGGCCCUUGUGACACCACAAAAGAAUAUGAUACUAAUAAAGCUAGAAACAAGUGUAUAGUGGUGUUUCUCCUUCUUCUUUUCUUCAUCAUUUCGGGGACUACCUUACUAGUUACCCUUGAGAAGUUAGAUCUCAUUGAUGCAUUUUAUUGUGUAUGUUCUACCAUCACCACCCUAGGCUAUGGUGAUAAAAGCUUCUCAACCAGGUGGGGGCGUGUGUUCGCCAUUUUCUGGAUUUUGAUAAGUACCAUCACUCUGGCACAAUUUUUCCUUUACAUUGCUGAGCUAAACACUGAAAGAAGACAAAGGUCAUUGGUAAAGUGGGUUCUAAGUAGAAAGGUGACCGACAUAGACCUCGAGGCAGCGGAUAUUGAUGACGACGGGGUCGUCGGGGCUGCAGAAUUUGUCAUAUACAAGCUGAAAGAGAUGGGGAAAAUUACUGAAGAUGACAUUUCACCUGUGCUGAAGGAGUUCGAGGAUCUUGAUUUUGAUCAAUCAGGAACCUUGUCCAUAUCCGAUAUAACACUUGCCCAAUUGUCUUAACCAGAAGGGAUUACGGUGGCCUGGAAACAUAUAGGAAUUAAUUCCUAAGAUAAGUGGCCAUCAUUGAUUUGUACGAGUUAAGUACUUUUUGCAGUGCUUUUUGCAAUUAUAGUGCAUUUUUUGUCUUGUCUUAGGGAUCUGCGAGGAAUGUCAACAGCACUUUUGCUUGCAAAUUCGUUCAAUAUUCUUUUUUGAGAUU